GUAACUGCAGCAAGAGCUGGGAAUCUGUCGAAGCAAUCUCAAGAGAAGCAGUUCUUGGAGAUCGCUAAAGACAAAAAGUGGCAAGGAAAGUUAUUCCGUAUCAGAUGGGAAGAUGAGAGCCUAAGCAUAACCAGCUGCUUUGCAUGGUUAAAAGGUUGGGCUACAUGCCCUACACAUACCAUCGCGGGCAUGUAUGAAUUGUAUGAGCAGUUGUUACCUACGAAGCUCUACACAAAGGAGAAGACGCAAACCUCCACCGACGGCGAAGUUCUAUGCAGAUUAUGUGGGAAGGUAGCUGAGAGCGUUGCACAUGUACUGGCUGGAUGUUCCUCCCUGGCACAAACCAAGCACCUAUACAGGCAUAAUGCAGCUUUGAAGAUUCUGUUUUUUGAGCUCCUGCGAGAGCAUGGGUUAAUGGAAGAGGUUCCACCAUGGUACUCACCGCUGAGGCCAAAACCAGCCUACCAGAACACCACGAGUGAGGCGUUUUGGGAUAUUCCCAUCUAUGCAGAGCACAACGAAGUUAGAGCAAAUUGGAUCGACGCGCGACUUGUCAACCACGAGAGGAAAGUAGUCUGCACAAUUGAAAUGAGCUGCCCAUGGAUUGAGAGUAGAGCUAAGAAAGAUGAGGAAAAGACACUCGAGUAUGGGCCCAUGAUGUGGGAUCUGAAGCAGAGA